AUGACGGAAACGAACAGACUUGGAGGGCUGCUGCUGAAGAUGGCCGCAAGGCUGGGCCUAGUGGCGGCAAAUACAGGAGACGUACCAACGUACAAACGGCUCGGAUUUGGAGACUCCAUCCCGGACGUAAUGAUGACGACGGACAGAAUUCUGCCACAGGUAGGGCGGUGGCAGAUGUUUGAAGGCUACACGGCCAGCGAUCAUCAGUACAUCGCCUUCAAAGUGGCAGGAGAGACAGAGACUGCACGGACGAGGAUACAGCACCCCCCGCGGUGCAAUAUAGACAAACUCGACGUACCGAAGUUUUCGGCGGUACUGGCGGCAGCGCCGGCCCCGGUUACCGAAGUUCCACCAAAGCUGACUAGCUGGCAAGGGGUGGAAAGACUGGCAGACGAGACGGCCAAAGUGACGACGCAUCUGUGCGACAGAAAAAUGCCAAAACUACAGUGCGGACGCAACAGACCACCACAAUACUGGUGGACGAACGAAAUAACCCAGCUGCGGAAGAGUUGCCUGGCAAAACGACGACGGGUUACGAAAGCUGGCGGGAGAUACGAGAGGGAAACCCUUCAGGCCGAGUACAAGAUUCAACGAAAACGACUGACGUACGCCAUUAGAGACAGUAAGACGCGAUACCAAAAGCAGCUCUGUAAGGAGGUCGACCGCGACCCCUGGGGUGCCGGUUACGACAUUGUGACCGUUAGGCUGGGGGCCCGGAUCGUGCCAGAACUCAAAGAUGCUGAACCCGCACGACGGAUCGUCGACGGACUGUGA